AUGACUGCGCCGGAAAAAGUUUCCCCACGUGACUCCUUCAUUAACGCCGCUAAUACUUUCCCCAGCUUUGCCAAUUCCGUUACUAGGCGUGAAAUCGCUACCAUGUUUGCUCAUUUUACGCAAGAAGUCGGAUAUUUUUGUUACAUAGAAGAGAUAAACGGAGCGUCAGAAAACUAUUGCGACGAUGUAAAUUACCCACAAUACCCAUGUGCAACGGGCAAAUUGUACUACGGUCGUGGUCCAAUUCAACUAUCAUGGAACUACAACUACGCACCAUGUGGUCAGAGUCUCGAUCUCGACCUUCUACGCCAGCCCGAGCUUGUAGGUAGCAAUCCAACUGUAGCUUUCAGGACAGCUUUGUGGUUUUGGAUGAAUAACGUAAGGCCGGUACUGGACCAAGGAUUUGGAGCCACCAUUAGAGCCAUCAAUGGAAGAUUAGAGUGUGAUGGUGCGGGUACAGAUAAGGUUAAUGCAAGGAUUAGAUACUACAGAGACUAUUGCGGGCAGCUUGGUGUGGACCCUGGUCCUAACCUCAGCUGCUAA